UAUUUUAAUUUAUUUUUCCGUCACGCGGCGAGACAGUUCCCUCCAUUGUUUUGCCUUUUCUGGGGAAAAACCCUGAGAGAGCUGACGAAGCGGGGAAGAAAUGAGCUAAAUCCCUCUUUUCUAUAGUCCAACACAGUGCUCCUCGUUUCAGCGAAACCCUAGAAACCGCCUUCCUGAUUAUUCUUCCAAGAUUAUUCUUCCCAAGAAAGAUGCCUGUAACGCCAGAAGAACCGAGCCGUCGAGAUUAUGCGGUCACAGCUAGGCUUGGUGUUGGAAGCACAGGCAGGAGAGUACAGCUGUGCACCAAUCACUUCAAUGUCUCUGUUGGACAGCCGGAUGUUGUUUUCUACCAGUACACUGUUAGUAUCACCACAGAAGACGGUGAGAAUGUCCAAGGGAAGGGUAUAAGCAGAAAGCUUAUUGACCAGCUUUACAAGACUUACUCUUCUGAUCUUGAUGGUAAAAGGUUGGCCUUUGAUGGAGACAAGACUUUGUAUACCGUUGGUCCUCUGCCACAGAACGACUUUGACUUUCAAGUCAUCUUGGAAGCUUCUUUUUCAAAACGCGACUGUGGCGUCUCUGAUGGUGGUAGUCCUUCUGGUGCUUGCAAGAGAUCAAAGCGCUCUUUCCUGCCAAGAUGUUACAGGGUUCAAAUUCGUUUCUCUGCAGAAAUACCCUUGAAGAGUGUUCUUGUCGCUCAGAGAGGAGUUGAUACAUCAGAUAAUAGCACUCAGGAUGCAAUUAGAGUGCUUGACAUUGUACUGAGGCAGCAAGCAGCUGAAAGAGGAUGCCUGUUAGUCAGGCAGGCAUUUUUCCAUAACGAUAUGAACUCUGUUGAUGUUGGUGGAGGCGUGAUAGGUAUUCGAGGUUUCCACUCCAGUUUUCGUCCAACCCAUGGAGGACUCUCGCUUAACAUUGACGUGUCAACAACUAUGAUCUUAAAACCAGGUCCAGUUAUCGAAUUUCUGAAAGCCAAUCAGAAUGUUGAGUUGCCUAGACAGAUCGACUGGAUUAAGGCCAGCAAAAUGCUCAAACAUCUGAGGGUAAAGGCAUCACACCGUAACAUGGAAUUCAAAAUUAUAGGUCUAAGUGCGAAACCGUGCAAUCAGCAACUAUUUACAAUGAAAAUUAAAGAUGGCGAGUGUGAAGGACAGACUAAAGAGAUUACUGUGUAUGAGUAUUUUAAGCAAACUUACACAGAGCCUACUUAUUCUGCGUACUUGCCAUGCCUUGACGUCGGCAAGCCAGAUCGCCCCAACUAUCUUCCACUUGAGUUCUGUAAUCUUGUAUCUCUGCAACGUUACACAAAAGCAUUGUCAGUGAGGCAAAGAGCUUUACUUGUUGAAAAGUCAAGACAAAAACCCCUAGAGAGAAUUAAAGCACUCAAUGAUGCAAUGCACACCUACUGCUAUGAUAAAGAUCCGUUUUUAGCCGGAAGCAGCAUAUCUAUUGAAAAACAAAUGACUCUAGCUGAAGGCCGGGUUCUAAAUCCCCCAACGCUGAAGUUUGGAAAGAAUGAGGAUUUUUUACCUAGCAACGGACGCUGGAACUUUAACAAGAAGAUGCUUCUAGAACCAAGGGCUAUUAAGAACUGGGCUGUAGUCAACUUCUCUUUUCCAUGCGACAGUAGUCACAUUUCCCGUGAGCUCAUAAGCUGUGGCAUGAGGAAAGGCAUUGAAAUUGAUCGACCUUUUGCACUAGUUGAAGAGGAACCCCAGUCUAAAAACUUGAGUGCUGUUAAAAGGGUAGAGAAAAUGAUUGCAAAGAUGAAGUCGAAAUUUCCAAUCGAUCCUCCUCAUUUCAUUCUCUGUGUCUUGCCAGAACGGAAGAACUCAGAUAUCUAUGGUCCCUGGAAGAAGGUUUGUCUCACGGAAGCAGGGAUCAACACACAAUGCAUCUGCCCUACCAAGAUCAAUGACCAAUAUCUCACCAAUGUACUUUUGAAGAUAAAUUCUAAGCUUGGCGGCAUAAAUUCUCUGUUGGGAAUAGAGUGCUCUUCCAACAUCCCAUUGAUUAACAAAAUACCCACCUUAAUCUUGGGUAUGGAUGUAUCUCAUGGGUCUCCAGGUCGUGCGGAUGUUCCUUCAGUUGCAGCGGUUGUUGGUUCAAAAAACUGGCCCUUGAUCUCAAGGUACAGGGCAGCUGUGAGAACUCAGUCACCAAAACUGGAGAUGAUUGAUUCGCUCUUCCAACCAGUCGAGGACCCUGUGAACGGAGACAACGGUAUCAUGAACGAAUUGUUUGUGGAAUUUUUCAAGACAAGCAACGCGCGAAAGCCAAAGCAGAUUAUCAUAUUCAGGGAUGGAGUAAGUGAAUCACAGUUCAACCAAGUCUUGAACAUUGAGGUGGAUCAGAUUAUAAAGGCGUAUCAACGUCUUGGUGAAACCGAUGUGCCGAAAUUCACUGUCAUCGUGGCUCAGAAAAGACACCACACCAAGUUGUUCCAAGCUAAGGGUCAUGAAAAUGUUCCUGCAGGAACCGUAGUGGACACCAAGAUUGUACAUCCGACCAACUACGAUUUUUACAUGUGUGCUCAUGCAGGGAUAAUAGGAACUUCAAGACCGGCUCACUAUCAUGUCUUGCUGGAUGAGAUUGGUUUCUCUCCCGAUGAGUUGCAGAACCUCAUCCAUUCUCUCUCCUAUGUCAACCAGCGGAGCACGACUGCAACCUCAAUUGUGGCUCCAGUUAGAUACGCUCAUCUCGCAGCAGCUCAAUUUGCGCAGUUCACAAAGUUUGAAGAUAUAUCGGAAGAGAAAGUCCCGGAGCUUCCGCGUUUGCACGAGAGAGUCGAAAGCAACAUGUUCUUCUGCUGAGUAAAUAAAUAAAUAUAAGUAGACGUAGUUCUGCUUACUCUCUAGUCUCAAGCCUAAUGAACUCUCUUUGGAGGAAGCUUGUCGUUUUGCAUAUACGCAGCCAUCAUCUAGCGUACAGUCUUAAUAGGAGUAUGGAGAAGGAAGAGCCCUCUCGUAGAUUUUGUUUUCAAAAGAGGCUCGUAGGAUUAUUACUGUUAUUCGUAGCCCAAGUGUGCUUGCUUAACUGAAGGACACACAGUGUUUACCGUUUUUUGUUGAUUUCCUUAAAACAGCGGUUUACAAGCUUCGCGUUAAAAUUCGGUUUAUUUUUA